AUGUCGUUAGGGAAGCGAGGCCCUACGGUGCUAGUCACUGAUGCGCGGGAGAGACCAAAUCAACGCAGAUCUCUUCGUCGCCAGGAUGCCUCUUCCGGGGCACCUGGCCGAGUGCCAAUGCGGUUUAUGACCGUCGAUAAUGUUCUACAAUACAACACACAAAUUCCAUCCGGACAGCCACGAGCACCCCCCAUUUCACAGAGAACCCACACAGCUGCCGCAGCCAGCCAAGGCAGACGGGUCAUUUCGGGGGGUGGUUUACCUAACCUUCAGUCACGAACCGGCCAACCCAUGCCAUCGCGAACAACCAAGAUAAGCCAAAAGUUGGUUCUUCUUCCCGAAACCGAUGAUCACAGCGAUGACGCGGAAGAAGAAGUAGAAAGCGAAACAGUAUUGGCUCGGAGAUUACAAAACGAAGAAAGUAGACCGCUGAGGGACGAGGAGUUGGACGUUCUGAGGAAAAGAGGCGGCGUCCGGGGGAAAAGCUAUGCCGAAAGACUGCCCAAGCUGCAACGAAAAGACAAGGUCAGCCGAUUAACAGCAUACUGCACAGCUCAGGCGUACAAGACGGCGGAGACGUCAGAAUUUUUGAGAAAGAAGCACGAAGCAAAGACGAAACUGUAUGACGACUGUCUGUAUGCCAUCUACGCAUUGCCGUUGUUGAAUGGCACAGAGGGAUAUCGAGUACGAGGAAGGCCUAUGCUGAAAACUCCAGGAACGGGUAAGACCAUGCUCGACUUGGAGAUCGAGAGGAGCGAGCAGCGUGACCACCACGAGGGUUAUUUUGAAGACGAUGCAUAUACUCAGCCUGAGAGCCCAGAACGAGGUAGCCGAGAUUCCUCUGCCCAUGGUUUCCCUAGAUCCCAUGAGCAUGAUAGCCGGCAGGAACAAGAUGAUGGCAUUCCGUCGCAGAUAAGCCGCCUGGCACCAGAUGCCAAAAACUUUGCUGAGCUGUUUGUCUUCUCGUAUGGUGUUGUGGUAUUCUGGAACUUUACGGAACACCAGGAAAAGGAUAUUCUCGCCGACUUGACUUUCGCUGAUGCUGAAGAUAACAUCAGUCUGUUGACUCGCCCGCUGGAGCAAGACGACUUUGAGACGGAAGAAUUCCACUUCGAGUACAGCGCCGAUGUCAAGCGACCAAGAGUGUUCAACGACAUGAUUACAUUGUUGCCUCGGUCUGACCACAUGAUCAAGUUGACCAUUAGCCAUGCAAUUGCUCAGAGCACCAAAUUAUGCUUUUUCGAGGAGAGGAUGAGUGAAACUAUGCUAGAUGCGCAGCAUGUGCCAAAAACGUUGGCGCUAACCGGUCAAUUGAAUAUGACGAGAGUAGAGAUUGUCACUCUUCUCGGUAGAUUAUUCAAGAGCCGAGUGGAUAUCAAUCUAUCAUCGAAUAUUCUUGAUGUCCCAAACUUUUUCUGGGACUCAGAACCUACGCUACACCCGCUUUAUGUUGCCAUCCGUGAGUAUCUCGAAAUUGAUCCUCGAAUCAAGGUUCUAAACGAAAGAUGCCGUGUAUUUCUUGAUCUCGCCGAGAUUCUGUCGGACUCAAUAGCUGAUGCCAAGAUGAGCUACAUUACCUGGAUUGUCAUUAUUCUCAUUGUCGGCAGUAUUCUCGUCACGGUAACCGAAGUCAUUCUACGUUUUGUCAUGCUCAAGAAGAGCGGUAGCAAACUUAAUGAACCCUUCACAUCAAUAUCCUGGCACGGAGAUAUUGAUCCUGCUGAGGUCCCCGAAAUCCGCUCUCUUCCGCCGUCAGCGCCCAUACCUAGCCAAUCUCGCACCAGCACGGCGUCAAGGAAAGAGACAGGCCCGAGCAAAGCAGCUGGCGUUGAAGCAUAUACGGAUCUAGAAAUUCUAGCUCUGACGCUAGGCCUGCAGUCAAACGCUACGUUAGACGAUGUCAGACGAGGUAUUCGCGAUCUGAGACAAACAGCAGCUGGGCAUUGCUCCACUGACAAUUUGUCUCCUUUGGGUUCGGCAGAGUUGCGAAAGAAGGGCAUGAGGGAUGCGUCUUAUUAA